GCGCUCCGUUUAUUCUCGUGUUUGUACAGCAACAUAAAAUGCAACCAUUGAAGCGUUUUACACAAUGUGGCAGCCUAACCAUGCUCUUUGGUGUUUUUAUCAUCCUCUUUGGUGUCAGCUCAACGGCAUUAACAACAUUCGGCAAGACCAAUAAUCAGCCGCCCCCUACACAAACUCCCACAGUCAAAGGGCGCGAAUGCAGUACACACGAGGAUUGCUCGGCCAUAGAACGUACUAGUUGUGUGAGGGAUCCCAACGACUACAAACUUCGUUGUCUGUGCGGAGACGAUUCUCCUCCAGCGAAUGGACUUUGUCCUGAUGUACUCAAGGGGCUGCGCCAUAAGUGCAACAACAACAACGAUUGUGAAGAUGGAAUGGUUUGUCAAUUCGAAAACAACAACAACCGAACAAUUGGGGUCUCUAAGUUUAUGUCAAGUAAAAUCAAGCAAUGUCUUUGUGAUAAUGAUAAUGGAUAUGUGGAGGAUAUUCUGCACGAUAUUUGCAAUGGAGCUAAUGAUUCAUAUCUGGUAAAUAUUUUGGUAUAUGUCUGUUCUUUGAUGACGCCGUUUGCUUUCUCCGCCUUCAUGGCCAUCAAAAAGAAUUUCUAGAAAGCGAUUUAAGCCCUGGCAUGAGAUAUACAAUCCAACCAUUUAUUUUUAUGUCCUUUAGUGAUCCAUCGAAUGUGCCUCAAAACAAACAAAUCAAA